UGAGCAGCACAGUGGGUAACAUGGUCAUUACUAUGACAGGAAAUGCCCCAUACAAUCCUGAUGGUAUUGCUUUUUAUCCAUAAUCAAUUGUGAUACAUCACCCGUUAUCCAUCCACACCGUGGAUCAUUGGCUCCGGACUCGUCAAAGGAUCUCACACAUUGCGAUAUCAUGAUACCAUACGCACGGCCUCCCAUCGCAGCUGGGGAUUCCCGGACUCGGGCCCGGGGAACCUUUCCCGUCCUGCAAGCCACAAUUCUGCAUCGCGGUGAGCCAUGAAUGAGUCUUGAUAUCAAGAUUACGAAAUCAGCUUCAUUACGACAGGCUUUCUAUGACCUCAUGACGACAGCCUCGUAUCCCUUUCACAGUCCAAGCUCUCUAUCUGCGGAAGAAGAUAUAACCCAUCACCACCUCUCCCCAGGAUCAAGUCAAUUACUCUCCAUCAACACAACACACCCAAUAAACACCAAGCAUAGCAAAAUAACCCAGAACAAACCGUCAAAACGGCUAUCCUCGCGACAAUCCUCGACCCAACAUUCUGUCAACACCUACAAGACAUAUUAACUAUGCCUCAAUACAAGUCCGGCCAAUCCGUCCGCUACAAGCCCGUCGGCGGACCCGACUCCAAUACCUCCGAGAGCACGGGUAAAAUCACGGAUGUGCUUACCGAGCCCGGUGUCCAGGCAGAUCGGAAUGUUCAGGCUAGUACUGAUGAGCCGCGCUAUGAGAUCCAGAACGACAACACCGGCAAGAUGACCACGGUGUAUGAGAAGAACAUCCUUGGCUCGGCUUAAGCGAAGCGACUUGUUGGAAAGGACCUGUCUUAAAUAGUCUGUACUCUAUAUAUGGAAGGUAUUUUAUCGUGUCGGUUACUGCUAGCGAUUUCGAGCUACUCUAGCUAUCCAUAGCGAAUUUUGUACCAACCACAAAUUUCAAUGAUAUGUCUUGUGAAUGUAAUCCGUGUUGUCAAUUUCGCGUCUUGGUCGACAC